CCCAGCAGGCAGCAGAGUCAUGCUGCUGAAGGACUUAGGACCAAAUACUGAUUUUUCUCAAUACAUACAGCCAGGAUCGGUCUUCUUUAUCGAAGUUUCAAAAAUGAGAAGAAUCAAAGCAACAACAUUCUUGAUGGCUGGAGCUCUUGGUCUGUUGGUCCUACAUAUCUGUAAAGAUUUUAUUGACCACAAAGUCAUGCGACGCCAUGCAGAAGUGAGAGAGGAUCACAGCCAAAGAAGGCAACCCACGAAAAACAACUCUUACUUAUUCUUCUGGCCAGGAUGUCAACAAAAUAUGUCUGCUGCCAACAUCUCAGACUUCAACUCCCUCCCUGGUUCCAUAAAAGACUUUCUCUACUACCGACACUGCCGCCAUUUCCCCAUGCUGCUAGACCUUCCAAACAAAUGUGGAGGAGCUGACAAAUCUGCUGACGUCUUUCUUCUGCUGGUCAUUAAAAGCUCGCCUGCAAACUACGACCGCCGAGAGGUGCUACGCAAAACCUGGGCCAAAGAGAGGUUACACAAAGGUGUGUGGAUUCGAAGGAUCUUCAUCUCGGGAACGUCGGGUGCCGGCUUUGAGAAGAACAGGCUGAACAAAAUUCUAGAGCUAGAGCAGCAGGAGUACCAUGACAUCAUUCAGUGGGACUUUAGUGACACAUUUUACAACCUCACCUUGAAGCAGAUACUGUUCCUGGAAUGGAUGGAGAGAAACUGUCCAAACGCUCGCUUCCUGCUGAAUGGUGAUGACGACGUCUUUGCCCACACAGGCAACAUGGUCGAGUAUCUCCAAAGCCUGAAGGACAAUGAUGGAAGCAAACACCUUUUCACAGGACAUCUAAUCCAGAAUGUGGGGCCCAUUAGAUCAUCAGGGAGCAAGUAUUAUAUCCCAGUUCAGGUGCAGGAGUCCAACUCGUACCCUCCUUACUGUGGUGGUGGGGGCUUCCUCCUGUCCGGUCAUACAGCUCUGGUCAUAUACAACAUGUCUCUGUCCAUCACCAUCCUUCCUAUUGAUGACGUUUACAUGGGGAUAUGUCUGGCCAAAGCAGGACUUGGUCCUUCCUCCCAUAUGGGUGUGAAAACAGCAGGACUGCACAUUCCCUCCAGCACAUUAGACGGAUACGACCCUUGUUUUUAUAAAGACGUCUUAUUGGUACACAGAUUCCUUCCGUCUCAGAUGUAUCUGAUGUGGCACAGGAUACACGAUCCUACUCUGAGGUGUUUCCCUUCCACAAAAUAGCAUUAGCAGCACUAAACUGAAGCUUACUGGUGGUAACAGAGCUUGUUGACAAUUUACACCUUGUACUCAAAUGGACUUGGGAAUGAUGGGCUUUUUUCUACAUACUUUGGCUAGAAUGAAGAAACUGUCGAGCACAUUUACCUCAUCCACUGCUGUCUGGGUAAUGGUGGGACUUCAGAUCUUGCUUUGCGUCAGGUUGCAUUGUUGGCCAGAUCUGAGCAGAUAGACGCAAAGCACUGCAUGAACUGACACAUUUGUUAUUUUCUAUCUGUGUUCUGACUACCUACCAAUGCAGUAGAUAUCAGAUAUCACGUUUCUCUUCCCUAAUGAAUGUAAGAUCAAUAUCUUCUUGCCUUCUGACUCACCAAAUGCCGCAUGUGUCUUUACCAGUUUGUGUGAUGUUGCUGUGUAGGUACUAUACAGUCCUGGUGAGUGAGCAUCUCAACAAAAAUAUGGAUUAAUGGUUAUAUAGAUCUGUUGGUGAGACCAAACUGUGCAAAAAUAUAUAUACAUAUAAUGCUUACCAACAGCAAGUCCUGGGUCUUUAAAUGAACAUUUCUUUCCACAUUUGAAGCAAUGCUGUGUGUAUGCAGGUUGACAAAGCUUUUUUAAAGUCCCAAAGCAUACAUGUAAGGGAAUGAUUAAACGGUAUGCUUUGUCUGCUGUAAUGUAAGCUGCAGUCUUCAGCUGUAAGUAUUUUCCUCAUCUGGACUGCACUGUUUCAAAUAUUGCCACGAAUCUCAAAUGACAAUUUUGCCACUGCUGACAAUGCGAACUGAAUAUGUUUCAUGUGGAAACAAAAAGCUUUCUCAAAUGUGGGAGGAUUUACUGAGUUAUCCUGAUGUAAACAAAUGGGUCUUACUGAUGGACGCUCAUUAGUUCUCCCUUUUUCUUUUUUUUUAGUUAAAUUCAGUUGAUGAUAUAUAUUUGACUGUUUUCUCCAGUAUAAAACAUUCCGAUUUAGCUUCUUCCUGCAUUUGUAUCUGCUAAGAUAGUUAACAUCUGAAUUUUGACACAGAGUGUGUUGUGAAACUCCAUGUACUGAUUGAUGUAAACUGUCCCACCCACCCUGAGCAUAUAGACGGAGUCUAAUUGAUCAGUUUAUCUGUGCAGAGCUGUGGACCGCUGUGGGAGCGGAGGACCUUUAAGUGAUUUUUUUUUUUGUCUGCAGACACAGUUCGGGCACAGCUGUGGUUAAAAGUGGCUGCUGUUGCAGUUUGUGAAAGAUCACACUCCAUCUGUGAGUGGACGUUUCCUGUAAUAUUGAUUGAUUGUUUUGUGACCAUUGUAUUUACUGUCUAUUUGACAUUGGUUUUGUGAUUGUGUUGUAAUUAGAGAUGAGUUACAAUCCACGAUGUAUUCUGACUACCAGCGGAUUCAUGUCCAUGAUGCUUUGUCUGCUCCAAGCAUCGUCAACAGCCAAAAACUGGUACCAAAUAUUCCUUGGUCAUACUUGCUUAAUGUUUGGUCAGAUAUUUUAAUCACACUUACGUUAAGUUUAACACUGUAUUUAUGCAGACAUCUGUGCUUUGUAUUGAACCCUUCUGAACAGGAGCCAGCUCUGUGUGACUGGAGUCAGGCUUUAAUGAAAUUUAAGAAUGUGGUGUCCACAGCCUUCCAAAAAUUUAAAGAUAAUUCCUCAGGGUUGCUUAACAGCAAAAAUGUAAUGUUAUUUAAUCUUCUGCUGAAGCUCAGUUUUUCUUCUGUUUUGUGUCAGCUUGAAUAUUUGUGUUACAGAAAGGGAUUCAUGCGUUUGUGCCUUUUGUCUAUAUUUUUUGAACUGUCAAAUACUCAUAUUUAAAGAAGUUGCUUCUAGUACAUAAUCAUAAAAAAGAUUAAUAUCAGGGUUUUUUUUAAAAAAAAAGUUGACAUGUUUUCUGUGUGUGUGUGUGUCUGUGCGUGUGUGUGUUUACCUUGUCCUAUAUUCAGUAUAGUGAACUGAAUACAGACGGAAAUGUCCCAGUGUGAUUUUGAUGCUGCUACAAAGAGUUUGGACUAUUAGAAAAUAAAAAAAAAACAACAACUUUGAAAUAAAACUUUUGAUGGACUCACUAAAACAAUAAAUGUAAUGAUAUAAAAAUAUA